AUGUUAGGUCCAUUAGCAGCACAAGAGAUCGCAAAUGCAGAAGACUACUGGAUYAGAAGAGCACAGAUAAGCAUCCACAAGAGAGUAGAAAAGGGAGAAUUGUCCAACCUAACACCAAUUAAGGAUGACAAUGGAAUCAUCAGAGUUGGAGGACGAGUAGACCCUAGUCUCACGUCAUACGACAACCAGCAUUCAGUAUUACUACCAAGUGAUCACUGGAUAUCAAAGCUUAUYACUCGAGAUGUACAUCAGUAUGGGCAUCCAGGUAUUGCAACGACAACAGCUAAAGUCAGAAAGAAAUACUGGAUCAUCAAAUGCCACAGUAUCUYCAAGAGKGUAAAACGAGAAUGCACGUUCUGUAAGAAAAUGGAAGCAAGAGUUUCAGGGCAGUUUAUGUCAGACCUACCACAAAGCAGACAACAGCCCUACACCCCACCAUUCAUGUACACGUCAUGUGACUACUUCGGUCCUGUCAMAGUAAAGGUUGGCCGGAACAAGACAGCAAAACAUUAUGGAGUGAUUUUCAYGUGUUUGAACACUCGAGCCGUACACUGUGAACUUGCAACAGAGGCCAGWUCUAUGGAGCUUCUUCAGGUGCUAAGGAGGUUCUUUGYGCAACGAGGUUAUCCCAAGUUUUUGUUGUCUGAUAACGGUACUCAGAUGGUAGGAGCAAACAGAGAAUUAAAGGAGAUGAUUGAUGGUUGGGAUGCCACACAGCUCAAAGAGUAUUGCGCUGACCGAGGAAUGACAUGGCAAUUCAUCACUCCACUUGCCCCUCAUCAAAACGGAUGUGYGGAGUCCAUGGUAAAGAGUGUAAAGAAAGCUUUAAAGAAAGCCAUUGGAGACACGGGUCCAUUCAAAGAAACGAGAAACCCAAGACACCGCUUUGAGUUCUGUCAAAGAAUCAUCGACUCAUUUUGGAAGMCAUGGUMUAGAGAUGUAUUACCKGCACUCAACCAGAGAAAGAAGUGGCAAACAAAGAACUGCAAUGUCGAAGUCAAUGACUAUGUUGUAUUCAUCAAAGAUGAUAAUGAUGUACGYGGCAAAUGGAACACUGGAGUCAAUGAAGAGGUAUUCCCUGGCACCGAUGGACUGGUUCGCAACGUGAGUGUACAUACAGCUGACGGUAUCUACAGACGCCCAGUCACCAAGAUUUCAGUGAUCUACCCCAUCGAAGGACUUUAG